AUGAAGUUCUCCCUCCUUGCGGUGCUGGCUUUGGUCCUAUUUGCAGCUCAAGCAAAUUCCCUGUACUGCUACACCUGCAACUGGGAGCAAAGCAACUGGAGCUGCCUGAAGGCCGAGAAGUGCUCGGACAAGGACGAGUACUGUGUCACCAACGUGGCCUCUGUAGGAAUUGGCUUUUUGUCCAUUUGGAAGAGGAUCACCAAGAAGUGUUCCAGCACCUGCCCACACCACAACUUCCUCCUGGGCCUGGCCACCUACACCUCCUACUGCUGCCAGAGCUUCCUGUGCAACCUCAGUGCGUGCCCAGGGCCCCGGCUGGCUCGCCCAUGA